AGCCUCGCCCCAGCGGAGCGGUGCGGCGCCGCGGCUUCGGGCGGCCACCUGCUCGGGAGGCUGUGAGCGGCCCCGGGAAGCUGGUCCGUACCUAGCGCCAGGUGGAGAAGCAGUGGGCAGCGCUCUUUUGCUCCUGGUCCACAAGUGCUCGAGUUAGUUGUGGCCAAAAUCCUUUCGUUUGGAAUCUGAACUAUGACAUCAUGGCAAGAUUUCGCAGAAGAACGUGCAUCAUUUUAUUGCUUUUUAUUUUAUUUAUUUGCUCCAUAAUGAUGGCUUUGAAGACUCUCAGACCUGACAGAGCUGGCUUUGGGGAUCCGUUUGGACUUGGUCUGUUGCCUGAACUUCAACAACGGACAGUGCUCUUAGAAAAUAAACAGAAUCUACUAAAUAGGGUUCAAGGAGAUACUGUGACGCACAUCAGUAAUUUUCAUACUAGUGCUAUGAAAGCAUCUAUGCCUCCUGUAAAAAAGCUGGAAGAAGAGCUGUCUUCUCCUAAUUAUAACUUUCAUGUAUUCUAUUACAGUUGGUUUGGAAAUCCACAGUUUGAUGGUAAAUAUAUUCACUGGAACCAUCCAUUGUUGCCACAUUGGGAUCCCAAAAUUGCAAACAAUUAUCCAAAAGGAAGGCAUAAUCCUCCUGAGGAUAUAGGGGCCAACUUUUAUCCUGAACUUGGAUCUUACAGUUCCAAAGACCCUUCCGUCAUAGAAGCCCACAUGAAGCAAAUGCGUUCCGCCUCAAUUGGUGUAAUAGCACUUUCAUGGUACCCACCAGGUAUGGCUGAUGAAAAUGGAGAACCAACUGAUGAUUUGGUACCUGUAAUUUUGGAUUUUGCACACAAAUACAAUCUCAAGGUUGCUUUUCAUAUUGAACCCUACAAAGAUAGAGAUGAUCGCAGUAUGUACAACAAUGUCAAAUACAUCAUUGACAAAUAUGGAGGCCAUCCAGCCUUUUACAGGUAUAAGACCAGCACAGGCAGAUUUCUUCCCAUGUUCUAUGUUUAUGACUCUUACAUAACAAUUCCUGAAAUAUGGGCAAAUCUGCUAACUGUUUCUGGAUCCCAGACUAUUCGAAAUACUCCAUAUGAUGGAUUAUUCAUUGCACUUCUGGUGGAAGAAAGACAUAAGCAUGAUAUUCACAGAAGUGGCUUUGAUGGAAUGUACACAUACUUUGCCACCAAUGGCUUCUCUUACGGCUCAUCUCAUCAUAAUUGGGCAAGUUUAAAAGCCUUCUGUGACAGUAACAACUUAAUGUUUAUUCCAAGUGUAGGGCCAGGAUAUAUUGAUACCAGUAUCCGACCAUGGAACAACCACAAUACUCGUAAUCGUGUCAAUGGAAAGUACUAUGAGACUGCCUUUAGUGCAGCCCUUUUGGUGCGACCAGAAAUUAUUUCUAUCACAUCUUUUAAUGAGUGGCAUGAAGGAACGCAGAUUGAAAAAGCUGUCCCGAAACGGACUGGACAGGUAGUUUACCUUGAUUAUAAGCCCCAUAAACCAAAUGUUUACUUAGAGCUCACUCAGAAGUGGUCUGAGAAGUAUAGAAAAGAAAAAGAACAGUGGCUUAUGUGAGCUAUUGUUACUGCAGUUUGUUCUUAACACAUCAAAUACAUUGAGAUAGAAAUUGAGCUGAAAAAUCUGUUACUAAAUGUCUUCUCUUAUAGAU